AUGGAAUAUUUUGCGAAUUCUUCUAACGUGAGAUCAUUUGCUACACCUACACCUACUGUACGAUUUACGUACACUUUAGUAACGGGCGGGCAAACCCAAUCAGAGCCAGUACUAGAGCUUGAUGGCCAUCAUUCAGACGAGACUGGCUCCGGAGAGGGUGAGAAUUCUAAUGGAGGCAUAUCAAAUAUAGCCGCUAAUGAUGACGAUCAAGCUCGCUUAAUACUUAAACGUAAACUGCAAAGGAAUCGGACUUCCUUCACGAAUGAGCAAAUCGACAGCUUAGAGAAAGAAUUUGAACGCACUCAUUAUCCGGAUGUUUUUGCACGUGAGCGAUUAGCUGGUAAAAUAGGCUUGCCAGAAGCAAGGAUACAGGUUUGGUUUUCUAAUCGGCGAGCCAAAUGGCGACGCGAGGAGAAAUUGCGCAAUCAACGCAGAACACCCAACUCAGCUGGCGGCGGGUCAACCGUUUCAGCUACAUCCGUUACUGAUAGCCCAAACAGCGGUAGUAUGGGCGGCGGUGGCGCCACCGUUGUACACAGUGGAACACGAAUGUUUUUUGAUUAUUUUGGCUAUGCCACGCCAUCGACAGACGCAGCGAUUCCCGAUGCCAUAAUGUCACCGUCUUCUUUAGCUAACAACUCAACGGCCUCAGCGGCUGCAGCAGUCAUAUCGUCAAUUUCGGUGCAAGCAGUUGGGGGGUCUGACAGCGGUGCUGGCACUCCUGAUAUCCUUGGUGGACAACAAUCUUUAUCGAGUAGUAGCUGUGCCAGCGUUACAAGCGCAACAAAUUUGGGCCAUGGUAACGGAGGCGGACACGCUGCUGAUCGCCAUAGUGCGGGAAUAAUGGGACUAAAUGUGGGCGGCAGUAAUACGUGUUCUCCGAUCGGUGCAGUACAUACAUAUCAUCCAUCGGCACAUCACACCCAUGCCACACACCCUCACUUGGGCAAUUCCAUAGUGCCAUCUAUUUCCCCCCGACUUAAUCUGAACAGCGGCUUCAGUGGCUCCAUGGGGUCUAUGUAUCCAACGAUACAUCACCACUCCACGAUGUCCAUGAGUGAAACAUAUAGUUCGAUGGCGUCCAUGUCACCUUUCACUCAUCCAUCCAUUACAUCGUCUCAGCCCCGAGAUCUGAGUCCACCUUCUCUGUACCAGUGCCACAUGUCAUUGCGCACCCCUCUAGCACCGCCUCCACAUCAUCACGCAGUAGUUGGCGGUUAUGGUAUACCGGCGUCAGGUGCAGCGCAUGGGAGUUCAAUGGGUGCUGGCUCUAGCACACCAGGAAGUGGUCUUGCAAAUCUUCAACCAACAUGUAGCGGCUACGAUACAACUUUGAGUAGUUAUAGUCAAGCAGUGGGAUUGCAGCCACCACCGCCACUACCGUUACACUCCACAGCUAAUGUUUCUUCACUGUCUCAGGUUGCCAGUGAGAGUUCAGUAUCUACUUUAAGCUGCGGUAGUCGACUAACGACGAUGAUCACUGGCAACACUACAACAUUAACGACGCGCAACUCUCCUUGCAGCCCCCCUCAGCAGUUAAGUACCACCAACCAUAGUAGCGGAAGCGGCAGUGUGUCAUCAAGUAUCCCUGACAGUUACUCUCAAUUAGGUUAUGGAUAUGCGACAGCGGCUGCCGUUGCUACCUCGGCAUGCAGCAAUAAUGACAGUGUUGCGGCAUUGUCAGCUGAGCCGACUGCUAACAACGUGAUUUCUUCAAGCUCACAAAACCAGGCAGGUAAGCAACAGCAGUUUUUCGCCUCAUGCUUUUACUCGCCCUGGGUUUAAAUCGUCUGCGUCGCAAAUUAAGUCAAAUAUUUAAACAGUCUGACAUUGACGAAGCUGGCCCAUGUAGCCCUACAAUGGAUUCAAAUAAGUAUAUCAUAAGAGAAUGCAAAAAAUCAGUGUUUUCUAAAUGCAUACCCUUACAUUACUAAUAAAUUCUUACAUCUACCUGUUAAGAUCUCACCUGAAUCAAAAGCUAAAAUAAAAACUAAAGAUUAUGUGACAUAUCCGAGAUCUUAAUAUAGUUAUUAUUAGUGAAAACUAUUACUGUUUAGUUUAAGCUUCCCAGGACUUGCCAUUCGUAAAAAUUAAAUUAAAUCUAACUGACACAAUAACAUACUAUACAUAUGUACUUUUCGAAAUAAAAUUUUUAGUCCUCAGGCUA